AUGACACUUAUUAAGGGAAAAUAUAUAAAAAUAUUAUAAUCAAUAGGCAAUUAUACGUAAAAUAAAAUUUUAUAUUUUGAGAUAUUAACACAGGAAUAGGCUAUUCAGAAUAUUGAGAUUUCAUUAAGGUAUUGUCCCUCUUAGUGUUCAAUAUGCAGUGAAUAAUUCAAUUGUAUUAGGCGUAAUACGAAUUACUACAUUUCAAAAUGGAACUUAUGUGUUUUAUGCACUGGUAAUAUUUAAUUUAAAAUUAAUGUCACUAAUAACUUAGAUUUGAUACUACUGAUGCAUCAAAAUUUACUCUAAUUUUAAUUAGUUGUAGAUUCCAGACUAUUAAUAAAAGAAUUUAUUUCAUUAGAAAUUAUUCCUGUUAUGUAUUCUGAGAAUCGAGUGGUUAGUUAAACAGGUUAAAAUUUGCCUAAAUGA